UUAUUUGCAUUGAUACGCGUCUAGAAUAGAAGAUAUACAGAGUUUUGGAUUCUUGAUUCGCUCUUUCUCACUCUCCUAAUAUUCUCUGCCCUUUUUAACUAGGCUAGAAAAGGGUCCUCUGUUUCUCUUAAACUCCUUAUACUCUGCCCUUUUUAACUAGUCUCCUAAUAUUCUCUGCCCUUUUUAACUAGGCUAGAAAAGGUUCCUCUGUUAACUCCUUAUACUGAAGUAGCAACUAAAGGGUUCACUUUUAUCAAAGUUAUACUUGUAAAAUCAUAUUUGUAGCUCUUACAAGAUGGCUGAUGUUGAGGAUAUUCAACCACUUGUUGUUGACAAUGGAACUGGAAUGGUCAAGGCUGGUUUUGCUGGGGAUGAUGCUCCAAGGGCUGUUUUUCCAAGUAUAGUUGGUCGUCCUCGUUACACUGGCGUCAUGGUUGGAAUGGGACAAAAAGAUGCCUAUGUUGGUGAUGAAGCUCAGUCUAAAAGAGGUAUUUUGACUCUAAAAUAUCCGAUUGAACACGGCAUAGUAAGCAACUGGGAUGAUAUGGAGAAAAUAUGGCAUCACACAUUUUACAAUGAGCUCCGUGUUGCUCCCGAGGAGCAUCCCCUUCUUCUGACAGAGGCACCGCUUAACCCUAAGGCAAACCGAGAGAAAAUGACUGAAAUCAUGUUCGAGACAUUCAAUGUGCCAGCCAUGUAUGUCGCGAUCCAGGCUGUUCUCUCUCUGUAUGCUAGUGGUCGUACAACUGGCAUUGUGCUUGACUCUGGUGAUGGUGUGAGCCACACUGUCCCUAUCUACGAGGGAUAUGCACUUCCCCAUGCUAUCUUGCGGUUAGAUCUUGCUGGUCGUGAUCUUACAGAUUAUCUCAUGAAGAUUCUCACGGAGAGAGGUUAUUCAUUUACCACUGCUGCUGAACGUGAGAUUGUUCGUGAUUUGAAGGAGAAGCUUGCAUAUGUUUCUCUGGUUUUUGAGCAGGAGCUUGAGACUUCAAAGAAUAGCAAGGAUGUCGAGAAGAGCUAUGAGCUUCCAGAUGGGCAAAUAAUCACAAUUGGCGCGGAGAGGUUCCGCUGUCCUGAGGUCCUCUUCCAGCCAUCAUUUAUCGGAAUGGAAGCAGUUGGAAUUCAUGAAACAACCUACAACUCAAUCAUGAAGUGUGAUGUGGAUAUUAGGAAAGAUUUAUAUGGAAACGUUGUGCUUAGUGGUGGCUCAACUAUGUUUCCAGGGAUAACAGAUCGUAUGAACAAGGAAAUCAGUGCUCUUGCUCCAAACAGCAUGAAGAUUAAGGUUGUUGCACCACCUGAGAGGAAGUACAGCGUCUGGAUUGGAGGAUCAAUUCUAGCUUCCCUCAGUACUUUCCAACAAAUGUGGAUAACAAAGGGCGAGUAUGAUGAAUCUGGUCCUGCAAUUGUCCACAGGAAGUGCUUCUAAGAGUGGUUAUGGACAGUUGGUUAUAGUUUUCUCGUAAUCAGAGGUUUAUCAGUUGUGUGGAAUGUGAAUUUCCUUGCCUUUGUUGAACAAUAUUUACAAGAAUUAUAUUUAAGUCGUCGUAGGCUUUCCGUUCCAGGUUUUGGUAACAGAAGGGUAGUUCUAUGUUUUAAUGCUUUGGACUCUACAUGGGUUGGGAUUGCACUUUUUUUUAGCUUUGAAGAUGUUGAAAAAAAAGCUGAUGUUAUCCAAUUGAAUGCGUAGAUUCUUGCACAUACUUAUCUAUUUUGAAAUUAACUGCAAACCAGUUUUGAGGUGA